AUGUCUAACCCUGGCAAAGCGCACAUCACCGACAUCAUCCAGCAGAUUGAUGCCAACUCAUGGCUCAUUGGGGACUGGAUCCUCACUAGGAGCUCUCCACCGUUGCCCUUAGACAUAACUUCCACUUCAAAUCCCUUAGGCUGGCUUGACGAAGCCGAAAACGCAUCCUACACCUUCACCUACUCAUCCCCGCCUCCUCCACCUGCCACCACCCUCGAUACGCCCUACAUCAAGCCCACCUACGACUGCUCCGGCGGCCGCGCAUUCUUUAGCAUUGGCACUAAAGUUGUCUGCAAGAUCCGCCAACUUGAGCAUUUUGAUAUCACAGUGACCAGCGAACUGGACACGCUCUCGUACGUCUGCGCUAAACGGCCAACCUCCUUCACGACACCACGAAUUGUCCAUGCCUUCGAGACUGCCGAUCGCAGCUUUCUGUUCAUGACACGAGUCCCAGGCCGCACGCUUGCCGCUGCGUGGCGCGAGCUGAGUGAGGAGAAGCGUCAGAGCUACGCCGAGGCGGUCGUGUGCGCCAUCAAGGAGAUGAUGGGAUGGGAGUCAAGUGUUGUUGGAGGCAUUGAUGGGAAGGGAAUUUGGGAACCCUAUCUCCAGCGCUCCGAGGAAGACACUUUCGAUGUAAUCGCUAUCCGCACAGCGUGCGAGCAGCUUGGGAUGGAUAUGCAGGCGCCUUUCGUCUUCUACCAUGCCAAUCUCGGACCAACUAAUGUCUUGCUCCUUGACGGACCUGGACCCACUAUGACAUCUUCGAGUACAUCCCCUCCGCAGCCCGCAAUUGGAAUUAUCGACUUCGAAAUCGCAGGCUUCUUCCCAAAGGACUGGAUCGCGACCAAGUUCUCUGUAUCUUGCGGUCUGAAUCUUGAGUUCGAAGCUGAGGGCGAGCAUGAGGACCCAUACUGGUGGCGGAGGACCGUUGGGCGGAGGCUGUAUAAAUCGGGUUUAAGGGAAGUAGGGAGGGAGUACAUGAAGUGGCAAAACAAGAGGAAUUAG